UGAACGGCUGCAGCAUAGGCGGUCAAACUCAGCGAAGAACACAGACUCCGCUGCAAGUAAACAUAAGCAGAAGAAAAGCGUCGAUCGAGAAGACGAGAGCUGUGCACCGGAAUACGUGAAUUCUUCAACUAAUACGUCUGUGACAGGGUCUUUGGUAACCCAUAUUAACGAAGAGAUUCAAUGCCUCGAACAAGAAUGCCUUGAUCUCAGAGAGAAGUUUCAGAGUGCAGAGGAUAAGCUUCAGAAGUGUUGUGCCGAACUAGAAUUGAGACAAUUCGAACCACAAGCGUUACCGAUCGCUAAGAUUACAGUAAAUGAGGCGCUGAAGGAUGACAGCAGCAUUAAAUUCCACACUGGCGUCAGGUUGCGGAUCAUGGAUCAGCCGGGGAUUACAGGGUGCAGAGAAAAAAAUCUCUCCGCCGAGAAGAAGGACUUGCACGUGUCUCGACCGAUUUCUUCCCUGCGCAGCAGCCCCGCCCACCCACAAGUCCGUUCUUGCGGAGUGCAGGCGUUCACACGUACCUGCUCCAGGGCCACGCAGACACCCAUCACCUGCAAGCUGCAGUGCUCCGACGAGGCAGCUGUUCCAUUCCGGUCCCGGCACGACGGUGCACGGGAGAGUGAAGAGUACCUCGAGCGCUAUCCGGGGGACAGGUACCCUCUGAAAGAAAGGGGCUACCGGUGCCAGAUCUGCAGUUACUCCACAUAUAAAAUCACUAAUUUUAGAGCACACGGAAGAACUCACACGGUCGAGAAGCCCUUCACAUGCUACAUUUGUAGCACGAGGUUUUCACUCAAGUGCAACUUGGAGAGACACGUCAAGAACAGGCACACGUAGCGGAGGAGUUGCGCGGGAUGAUGAUCUUCGUGGCCCACUCGCAUUUCA